AUGCAUCACACCUAUGCAAGCAUGGGGAGCAGCCCCGAUCUGGUGGCGCACAGCUUCGGCACCGGUGCCGGACAGAUGGUGGAAAGUCCCAUUCAGGAGGAGCACAAUGAUCACCAAGACGAGUACUACUCUGACGAUUUUGAGGAGCCCGAUCCCGGCAUGCUACCACCGACGGCGAGCACGUACAAUUAUAGGGAAAAGCCCCUUCCAAAGCCACCAUCAAUAGCUGAGCUAAAGGCUGAUCUAAAAUCUGCACUGGAUGCUGCAUCCCAAGCAGUCAACGACGUUAAAGGCAACAAAAGCCUGCCCCCUCCGCCGGACGCAACAGAGGAGCAGGCCGACGCGCAAGUGGGAACACCAGGGUGGUAUGAGAUACAGGGCAUGCAUAUUCUGGACGUCAUGACACUGGCGAUUCGAGCUGCGAAGGUGUACUACACGUCUCAUGAACACCCCGACAGGUUAGACGCUAUAAAGUCAGAGAAGGAAAUCCGAUCAGAGCUUCUCGCCGUCAUGGAUGUGCUGAAACGCAUGGCAAGUCGUCUGUUCACGGGGGGCAUACGCGAUGAUGAGCUCAAAGCUAUGGAAGCCUGGAUUUCCGGCCUAUAUCAGAUGCUCAAGAAGGAAGAAGACUUGGAAGCGGCUGAGAAGGCCGAGCGCUCUAGUUGGACGUGGGUGCGUGACGAAGAUUGGCCUGCCGGCACUGAAAUACAACGGGAGUAUGCGUUCUUGCUGAGCAUGCUGGACGGCGACACAACUAGCGCUCCCGCUCCGGACGGGAGCACUAUGAAGGUGGAGCCGCUUCCCGAGUGGACACCCAUUGACCGGUCGGCGUCCCUGGAUGCGCAAAGUGUCCCCACGCCGUUCCUGAAGAGCCUGCAAAAUGGGUUACGGUUGGUACAACUUCAUAAUGCCGCGGUCCGCAAGUCGAAGCGACGAUUUGGCGCCAUCGGCCCUUUCCAUACGGACACACAAAAGCCAUAUCGCUGUGCCGACAAUCUGCGCUACUGGCUCAAGGCUGCCGAGCUGCGCUGGGAGGUCCUGCUGCGCGUCGAUGCCCUUGGCGUGGUGUAUAAUAGUAAGCCCGAUGUCUGGCUCGACCUCGAGGAUGCUGUGCUCAAGUGGUGCCGCAAGGUUCGCGAGGAGAUUACGAGCGAGAUUCAGGGCUAG